GCCACGCUGGCGCAUUUUAGGGAGCGCAGCUACUGGGAUAACUUUUUUAAAAGCAGAGGGGGAGAGGCAUUCGAGUGGUAUGGCACCUUCUGUGACUUUAGGGAGGCCUUCGGGAUCCUGGGUCUCCUUCGGGGGGCCCCCAAAGCCGAUGAAGGUUCUCAAGAGGGGCCCCUACUUCUCCAUGUCGGCUGCGGCAACUCAACCCUCCCCAGGGAGCUCUAUGAGGAAGGAUACAAGAGGAUCGUGAACAUCGACUUCUCUCCCGUUGUCAUUGAAGAAAUGAAGGCACGCUUCGCCGCUCUUCCAUCGCUGGAGUGGCGUUGUCUUGAUGUUCGGGGCAAGGGUCUCCAGGAGGCUUUCUUGGGGCCCCCAGGAGGUUCAGGGCCUCCUCCCUUUGACAUCGUUCUAGACAAGGGCUUCCUGGAUGCAUUCAUCUCCAUAGAUCACGAAGAGGCACUUCUUGCCAAGACAGGUCCUUCAGGCGUUCCUCCUGCCGGGAUGCCAGCGGAAGGAACCUCUGAGGGAAGCCGCUCCGCAAAGGUUUCACCGGCAAGUACUCCUUAUGACUACAAAAAGGCGGCAUCUGAGUAUUUUGAGGCGGUGAUGGAAGUUCUGAAGGAGGGAGGCUCAUAUAUCCUCAUUUCUCUUCUCCAGGAUUACCUCUUGAAAGAAUUCGUUCGUUUCUUUCUGACCCGCCAUGUUACAGUGGAGAUUUUUCCAUGCCGUACUGGGGACCCCAAAAUGCAAGGAAGUGCUUUCGCAGGACGCCUGCAACCUUUCCUGAUCAGAGUAAAGAAGGAGGCUCCCCCUUCAGGGGGGGCCCUGGGAGUGACCCCUCAGGUGUACCCUAAGGCGUUCCCUAUCAUGUCUAUGCUUUAGAAAACAAGAGCUUUGGUGAUGUGGAUGUCUGCACACAGGCCCACCUGCACGAUGGCAGGCACUCCUGGAAGAGAAGGCCCAGAGACCUUUCCUCUGUGGGAGCUUACGAAGCACGUGGCAGCAGUAAGCCGCUGGUUUGCCUUGGAUGCUCUGGCGCGCAGUCAGAGUCCAGGAAAGAGGGCGAUACUACAUGUCGGAGGGGGGGGUGGCCCCUUCGCCCGUUGCAGCGUUGCGGUGUACGAUACCACGAAUCAAGCACAUGCAAAGAAGGGGAAAACUGCCGCUCUCCUCGUUCCCCCAGGACAGGAACUCACUUGGACUUUCGCUACUUCUGAAGGAAAUCAACAAAUAGCGGAUCAGCUGGAAACUUCGCGUUUGCUGGUCGUUACAUUUCCUUUGGGGUUCGGCUCGGACGCCUUGCAAGAAGUGGCGCCUGUCCAGUGGCGUCGCACGAUCGAGGAGGCCCAGAAGACCCUAGGACCCCUGCUAAAAGAAUUCUCUCUACCUACGGAGGAUGCGAUCCCCAUUCUUACCCUGGGGGAGCAAGCCCCGGUGAGAGAGGUCUUGUGGCAGCAGUCCUCCCCUCUAGCAGGGCGUAUCCUAGUGAGAGACGUGCAAGAUACAACUGUGCUGGAGAGCGCAGCAGCGGCAGGGGGUUCCCCUGAGGGGGCUACCUCCACCCUCAGAGUCCCCAAAGGAGUGUCCUCCACCGACGCCUCUCAGGUGGAGUUUCUGACCCUUGAUCCGGCUUCCGCAUAUUAUUGCGCCAUUGUUACGGCUUUCGGCCUCUCGAAGAAGGUUGUCACCUCUCCCUGGGGCUCCAUCAAUACCAUCGACGCGGUGCUUCUAGGUCUUGGGGGCGGUGUGCUGGGUGGAAUGCUGCAUCGCUUGUUUGGGAGCUUUGGCCUAUCCCUAACUUGCGUAGAGCUUGAUGCGGUAGUGAUUCAAGUUGCAAAGCAGUUUUUUGGCUUCAAAGAGUCUGAGAGUCCUCGUCUGCGCACGGUUUGCGGGGAGGGAAAGCAGUAUGUGGAGGCCUUGCCUCCUGAAUCCCUCGACCUCCUGAUAAUUGAUAUCAACAGCGGAGAGACAGCAGACGCUGUCAUCUGUCCUCCCAAAGCAUUUGCCGAGGCAGAGUUCCUGCAAACUGCUAAAGAGAAGCUGAGGCCGGGUGGCGUCUUUAUCUCUAACCUUCUUUGCCGCUCUGAGGAAACGAAGAAGCAGCUGUUGGAUAGCGUCAAAAAGGAGUUCCCUUUUGCGGCCGUCAUUGACGUACCUGAGGAUGUCAACGAAGUCGCAGUGGCAGUGAAGGAUGGCCCCUCUCCGCAGAAUGGCCAAAAUCUUGUUUCGUCUUCAGAGCUUUUCAAGCGGUUGCAGCAUCUUGAACGAUGCUUCUUGCAGCACACUGGCACCAAGGGGGGAUGGCUUGUUGGACAGAGUAUGCAGGACUGGGCAGGCCGGAUUAAGCCAUGGCCCUCCCCAAAGACAGCCACUCCCAAGAAUGGUCUCUAG